GCACGCUUGCCUGCAAAAUCAACAGUGGUGUGGCUUUUUAAGGUUGGUCCCGAUGGAGUGGCGUGAGCAAUCGUCAGUCAGCUGUGAGGUUGCUUUCGCUGAGGCGCAGAGAUGGAUAGAGGAGGUGACUAGAAAGCCUUUUGGAGGCAAGAACUUCAGAUCAGCCUUAGAGAAUGGAGUCCUGUUAUGCGAUCUGUUGAAUAGGCUGAGUCCAGGAAUCAUCAAGAGAGUGAACAGGCUCUCUACCCCCAUUGCAGGACUGGAUAACGUCAACGUGUUUCUGAAGGCCUGUAAGAAACUGGGACUGAAUGAUGCACAGCUUUUUCACCCCGGCGACCUGCAGGAUGUGUCCACCCGUGUUACUGUCAGGCGUGAAGAGACGAGCAGAAGACUGAAAAACGUUCUUAUCACUAUAUAUUGGUUGGGCCGAAAAGCCCAGGCGGACAGAUUCUACCAUGGACCACAGUUGAACCUGAAAGCUUUUGAAGGAUUAUUGGGUGUAGCACUAUCUAAGGCCUUAGAGGAGUCGACGUGCCCCAAGUCCAGUGUGAGGGACAGUGGGUACGGAGAGACCUUUUAUCCUGACAGAGAGGAACUGUUUUCUUCUCAGUCUGGCUACAGGAGGGAGAACUCUGUGGAGAGUCUGGAUUCGGUGGAGUCACACACCCUGAGUGUGGCUUCAGACAACACCCUGGUAGCCGGCAGUGAAGGAAUCGGGAGUGACGCAGAAGCGGAACAUUUCUUCAGGAUGUCCGAGAGCAGGAACGCCAGGGGUGAUGCCCAGGUGAGCCAAGGGCAUGUUCCCGCAGCCCUGCGGAAGAAGAGGUGGGAGAACAAUGAAGACAAGGCCAGGGGUGAUGCAGGCUCCCUUAUCAGUGAAAUUGGCAGGGACACAUCUCCAUCCCCCGAUGGGAUUGCCCUUCCCCCUGCUUCUGCCUUCCUCCAAUGGGCAAACAGUUAUGAGAGUGAUAGUGAUUCUGACAGUGACCGUCCUGAACCAGACCUCAUUCAGGAUGACCUGGCAAGUCGCAGGUUUCGCAGUACUCCCACUGCGACCCCUCACAAUUUUGCCAUUCCCCCAAAGCCCAGACGUCGUGGGCCGAUACUCACCGUAACCCCUCGUGCCAAUAGGUCAUGGGUCGCCAUUUCGGAUGCUUCUCGACUGCCUGUGAUGAGCGGUGUGGCAUCUCCUGUCCCUUCCGAAAACACAUUUGUCAACUCUGUGGACGAAGAGUUUUACCUGAUGGCAUUAAACGCGGUGUCAAGUGACUCUGACGAAGACAGAGGAUUCGCUGACCCCAUCCAGGAUGAUCUCUACACCCGACGAAUUCUUCAGACCCUCCAUCAGACCUCCAGCAACACAGAAGUCAAUAAAUUCUUGCCCAAGUACUGGACUCCGGAGGAGGAGGUUUUCGUAAGGACGAUCAAACUUGGUUCCCAGCGCCGGCCAUGGUACAGGAAGAUGCAGGGUUUCAGCCGAAAGACUUCGGGCUCGUCGGAGGAGGACUCUGAUUAUGACAUCACUCCGUGGCUUGCAACACCUGCUCGAACUCUGGCACCUCCUUCCAACUCCUCUCAUACACAACCCAUGAGAAGUACUCGUAAUGCGGGAAGCAAGUCCACGGGUGACAUCACUGAGGAACAUAUGACCCAGAGCUCCGCCGGCAGCAGGACCUUUGACUCGGCCGUGUCGGACAGGAUCCGUCAGGGAUCCCUUGGCGACCUGACCCUAGAGCCAAUGGCCAUAAGGGAGAUCCAAAAGGAGAACCUGGACAACGUUCACGCAAGACUGAGGGAAAGCGAAGCACAGUGGCAAGAGGAUUUGACAAAGUGGAAAAAUCGUCGUCGAAGUACAAACUCUGCACUCCGCAGGAAAAAGGAGGAGAGGGAGAGGUUUGAGCUCCUUGCUAGUGGAGGUGGGGACAGUGUGGACAGGACCAAGGUGCUUAGGGAGGUCCAAGAGAAUAGUGAAGACAAAAGCCCCAGUAGCCUUGGCUCCUCCUCGAAACAGCAGCUCACCUCUGAGUUCAAGCCUCAUAACGCAACUGUGUUAACUGACACUCACACCACUGAAAACAUCUCCUCCUCUACCUCCGCCAAAGGGCGCUCCAACCUAGCCCUACUCCGCUCACAAACACCUGUCCUUGGGGAUAGGACCCACAUGAGCUCCACUGGUUCUCCAGUGCCAUACCAGUCCAGCAUGCCUGGUCCAAUGAGAUCCAGUGGGCCUAGCGGGACUGAUUCUACUGCUCAAGGGAAAAGCCAGACGUCAUCCACUGAUACAUUUGGUUCUGGUCCAGAGCCAGAUCAGCAACAGCUGCAGCAGCAGCUGGGUCCAUCUUCUGCCAGAUCGAGCCCCAUAGAUCCCUCUUGGACAGGGGCCCGAGGAGUGUCUGCCUCUCUACCAAGGGGUUAUCGCAGGUCAGAGAGCGGCUCACGCCUUUCCACUGGGGUUACACCCCGACCCUUUGGAGCCAAGUCCAGGCUGUCCCUCUCCAGGUCACAUGGUGAGAGGGGGUCUUGGUCCAGUGCCCCACCAAGUUUCAAGGAGGUGAAGGAUGGGAGGUUGUCCGCUCCGCCUACGAGGUCUUUAAUCUCUAAAAUCGACAACAGCGGUCCCAAACAGUUUGUCCCGCCCAAUAGUGUGUCUGAGAAUGGGCAAACUGAGGAAACUGUUCAGGACAGAAGAUCCUCAGGUGUCACCUGUGCUGUUGCUCCUCUCUCUCAGGUGCGUCACAGUGACAUGAGAGUUAGUCUGAACCAGAAACCCAACAGCGCCAGAGACUUUGGCUUCCAAACACACUGGGACUCCACCGGGGCUCGCAUCACAUCCAUCCAACCAGGCAGCCCAGCGGAGCUGUGCCAGCUGCAGGUUGGCGAUGAGAUCCUGGCAGUGGGUGGGCGCAGGGUGGCAGAUAUGAACUAUGAGCAGUGGAAGGCCAGCACGGACGCCGCGCUACAGAAGGGCAGCCUGCUGAUGGACGUCCGCCGUUACGGCCAAGACGACUGGGGUAGCGGCCACACUUCCCUCCCAUAUAAAAGCCAUAAGACCAUCAAUCUGACCAGUGCGGAUUCAACACUUAUAGGUCGCCCUGACCACUAUGUCGAUGUGAGGAAGGACUCCUCUUCUGCUCUGGAUAGUACAGUGAAACCACAGCUGAAUGGCCAGAGUGUUAAUGGCUUUUCUUCUAACGUGUUGAACGGAGGUUUGAGUGAUGAUCCUUUAAUUCACAGACACAAAGAGUACGAACUCAUAGCAUUGAAAAAUCGUAAAAGGAGGUCAGAGUUCUUUAAGCGGAAAGGGUCGUCAGGCUUUGUCGUCAGCUCUUCGGUCUAUCUUUGUGGAGGCUCUGAGUCGGCCAUAUCAGACUUGAAGGUUCCCUCCAUCGGUGCCUCCUCCUCCUCCUCCCCUCGCUGGUCCUGGGACUCUGAGGUGGAGCGCAAGCGGCAGGAGAAAUGGCAGAUGGAGCAAGAGCGCCUCCUGCAGGAGAAAUGCCGGCGUGAUCAGGAGAGACUGGAGGAGGAGUGGAGGAGAGCACAGCGGGAGGCUACAGGGGAGUAUGAUCCCGCUGAGGAGCCAAGAUCCAUGGGACUGACCAAUGGCUACAGUGACUUUCGCUCUCCAGUCCCUCCCUCAAACCAGUCCACCAGUCUCCCUUACUUUGCGUCCAAUCAACAUGCAGAGGAGAUGCAAGCACGAGACAGAAUGUCUGUACGAAUUGCGUCUGUGGCCAAGGUCAAGGAACACACCGAUGGCCCGGCUACAGGAGAUCAGUGGAAGAAAUCCAAGUCCACCCCAUCACUUCAGGGCAUUUUCAGUCAAGAGACAAAAGGGGCCUUAAAGGAUCUGGUAAAGAAGAAAAGGCAGAUGUCUCAGGCGGAGCGGGAGCGUCUGCAGCUACUGGAGGAGAUGAGGAAGAAAAAUCAUCUCCUUACCGACAACAGCUGGAUACGCCAACGCAGCAGCAGCAACAUCUACAAAGAGCCCAUCACCGUGGGAACGCCAUUCAGGAGACAUGAAUCUCUGGAAAACCUCCACUCCAACAGCUCUUGGGUCAGGCCUUUUUCCUCCUCUUCGAACCCUCGUCCUCACUCAGCCAUAGGGAACGUCGGCGCUUUCCGAGGCCCCGGGCGCUACAGCGUGGGCCCUUCCGCUUCGUCCAGCUCCUUCAGGCCGAGCCCUUGGUCUUACUCCACUGCCGCCUCCGCCACCCCUCCUCCAGAGGAGUCUACCACUGGGUCUCACCCCAACUUGGCAGAGCACGGCAGGGUGGUGAGUGGGAGACAGAAGUGUUGGCGCUGUAAACUGCCUCUCGGCAAAGGCGCGGCCAUGGUCAUCGAAUCUCUGGAUCUCUGUUUUCACUUGGGUUGUUUUAAGUGCAUUAGCUGCAUGCGAGAGCUCGGAACCAGAUCUGAAUCUGGAGCCCAGGUCCGGAUCAGAAACAAGCAGCUGUUCUGUGAUUUCUGCUACGCCCGACUCCGAGUCCGUCCCGGCUUCCCCAAGUGAUGAGCCUACACCAGAGAAGACUGAGGAAGAGAAUUCUCCAGAAACAAUCUUGAACAUAGAACCUGUAAACACAACGUACACUGAAUCCUAUACUCUCACUCAGUAGUUUUUCUUAUUAGAUUUUUCAUUUGUUAUCCAUAUCGAUAUUGACAGAUGCGUUCACAUAGGAUGCGUAAUCUCAAUAUAAAUUGAGAAAAUGUACGUGAAACUUUCCUUAUCACCUUUUGCACUUCACAGUCUUAAAGAAUGAAUAGAAUGUCGUGCUUUGCAGUUGGUUUGAACUUUGAACUUCUUUCUAUGCAGUGAAUCUUGUCUGAUAGGUCUUCCAUCAAAUGAGCGUUUCCAAGCUAUGCCACUCAGGUCUGUGUGGGCUAAUCUCGAAUAAUUGU